AUGGCGGCUCCUCGUCGAAUCGCCAUGUCGCCGAAGCUGCUCGCCGCGUUCGCCGUCGCGCUGCGCCUCGUCGCUCUCGCCGCCGCCAUGUUCGCGCCGGACGGCAACGUGGCAUCGCUGGAUUCGGAGAGCUUCGCCGCCCAAGUGCUCGCGCAACCCGCCGUCUGGCUCGUGGAGUACCACCAGGACAAGUGCGAGCCGUGCAUGCAGUUCGCGCCCGAGGUCGCCAAGGUCGCCGACUCGCUCAAAGGGCUUGUCAAGGUGGGAGCCAUCAACUGCAACAAGGCACCGGACGUGUGCAUGCAGGCGCAGAUCAAGGAACUGCCUGCAUUCAGGCUGUACCCAUGGGAGGUGAAAGCCAAUCCCUACACGCACAAGCGCUACAAGGACGCGCCUCAGGUGUUCACUGGAGACAAUACCGCCAAGGCACUCGUCAGCUUCGCCACUGCCGCCCUACCACACGACCUGGUGGCGAACAUCUCCUCUGGCGCCUCUGCAGAUGCCUUCCUUGCUGCCAACGCCACCCUCAACAAGGUGGUUCUCUUCUCCACCAAGCCCGCUGUCACGCCACUCUUCAAGGCCCUCUCGCUGCAAUUCAGGAAGCGGCUGGUGUUUGCGCAGGCCAAGUCGACUGAUGAGGCUCUGGCGGCCUCCUUUGGCGCCGCCUCCUUCCCCGCGCUCUUUCUCCACAAGGCGGACGGCACCAGGCAGCUCUACGACGGCCCGCUCAAGCCCGAGCCAAUCGCGGCCUUCCUCGAGCAGUUCGCCGCCCCGGCUGAGCCCGUCGCUGACUCAGCGACAGCUGGCGAGGCGGAGGCGGGGGCGGCGGGGGAGGAGAGGCAAUCGCGGUGGGUGCGGCAGAUGAGGGCAGCGAAUGUGAGCAGCCAGGUGCUGCAGCGCGAGGAGAUGUGGAUGGUUGCUCUCACCUCCUCUGCCCAGGAGUGCAGGGAGGUGAAGGAGAAGUUUGAGAAGACAGCAGAGGAGCUCGUGGGCAUGAUCUUUGUGGGAGUGGUGGACACGCACACGGAUGAGGAUGCCACGAGUCUAGCAACCAAGUAUGGGGUGAAGGAGCCGUGUGGAGAGGCGCUGCUCUUCCCCUUGGGAGACGACAAGGAGGAGAACGAACCUGAUCGCAUGCCCCUGUCGGCAUCCCUCAAGGCCAUGACAGCAGCGGUGUACGCCCUGGCCCCCGACUCCUUUGUGCGCCAUAUCACUGCUGACUCGCUCGAGGUUUUCGCUCAGACCAACCCGUUGCAGCCCAAGGUGUUUCUGUUCACGAAUAAGAGGGAGACACCUGGCAUGUACAAAGUGCUCUCCACCACCUUCCGCAAAGAUGCUUCCUUCGCCCUGGUGCACGAGAGUGAGAAGAAGGUUGUUGCUCGGUUCAAAGUUGCCAAGUUCCCCCACAUGUCGAUAAUGUUCCCGGCGCCCAGUCCAGGGAGGGAGGGCGAGGUGCAGCUGACGGUGCGCGACUUCCCCGGCCCGCUCAAGUACCACACUGUGGCGCCGCAGCUCAUGCAGUUGGUGGCCACAGCACGGCAGUUUGCGGCGCCAACAGCGGAGAUAGUGGCAUUGGGGGAGGGCAAGGAGGGGCACGAGGAUGCCUUUCAGACAGAAUGUGUUGACUCCAACCGGCUGUGUGUGAUUGGUCUAUUCAACACCGACUCCCCUCUCGACCAGCUCAAGCGGGUGGCAGCCAAAUGGCUGCGGGGCGGCCAGUUUGUCUUCAUGUGGCUGGACGCCGGGCGGCACAAGGCGUUGGCAUCUCGAGUGCUCCCCCUGCUAGGCGUGAACCAGCAGGACCUGCCGACGGCGGUGGUGGUGAGCCCGCGCAAGAUGCGCUGCGCCGCGCUGCCAGAGGCCUUCUCCCCGCCCAUCCUCGACGCCUUCCUCGACUCGCUGCUCGCCGGCCGCGUCCGCACCUUCGCGCUUGAUCGCCUGCCAUCGUUCCUGCCGGGCCCCUCAGUGGAGUCUUCCCCAGCAUCAGAGGCACCAGAGGAGGCAGCAGAGCCAGAGCCGAUUGCAGAGGAGGAGUUUGAUCUGGCGGACAUCAUGAGCGAGCAGGUGGAGGACGCCGAUGCCGUCGCCUCCAAGGAGCACAAGAUUCUGCAGGCCGACAAGGAGGCAGAGGAGGAAGCAGCCAGGAAGGCAGCAGAGGCGGAGGCAGCAAAGAAGGCAUCUAAGAAGAAAAAGAAGAAGAGCAAGACCAAGAAGAGCAAAGCCGUGGACUCGGAUGUUAGGGAUGAGCUUCUGUCCCGCCGUUCCGCGUCACUGGCUGCCAACGGCGCAGUCGCCUGUUCUAACCAUGCGCCUUCCCCAAUUCCCCCCUCCUGGUGCGGGUCAGACGCGAGCAUAUGGCUGGUGCAGUUUCUCAAGGCGAUGCGCGACGAUCGCGGCGAGCUGCUGCCGGGCGCGCACCUGCUGGGCUUCCUGCGGCGCGUGUGCAAGCUGCUCUUCCUGCGCAUCCGCCCGCUCAUCGUCUUCGACGGCGCCACUCCCGCGCUCAAGCGCCGCACCGUCCUUGCGCGCCGCCGCCAGCGGGAGAACGCGCAGAUCAACCUGCGCAGGACGGCGGAGAAGCUGCUGCUCAACCAGCUGCGGCUGCGUAAGCUGGAAGAGGCAGCACAGGAGAUGCAACAGAGGGGCAGGGGGCGGGCGGUGGGCAGGGGGACAGGAGGGGCGCGGGGAGGGGGCAAGGGGAAGGAGAAGGUGGAAGAGGUGGGGGAUGGGAAGCAGGAGGGCGAGGAGCGAGGGAGGCACCGUCCAGAAGUCAAGGCAGCGCAGGACCAGGACGGUUGCAAGGAGGAGGCGAGGAGGGAUCAAGAACACGCUGAUGCUCUCCUGGCAGCAUCGCUGGCAGCAGAGUGGGGGGGGCAAUCCGCGGGCACCUCUGCUACUGCUGGUGGUGCGGGCGGUGGUGAGGCGGCCAGGGGGCCAGUGGAAAUGGAGGGGGGUGAUGAUGGCAGGGACGAGGACAGUGAUGAGGAUGACUUGACCGAAGAAGCUAUGGCGCUCCUGCCGGAGGUGGCAUCUGGGGGAGGUGCACCCCUGGAUCCGGCAGUGCUGGCCUCGCUGCCACCCUCCCUGCAGCUACAACUGAUGGUGCAGGUGGGUGUGCGUGCUACAGCCAGCUCAUGGUGCAAUAUGUGUGCUACAGUUGAUGGUUUUAAAGUGUGCUACACUACAGUUGAUGGUUUUAAAGUGUGCUACAUUUGA